AUGGAGCUCGACCUUGCGCCAGGAGAAUCGCGCGGAUAUUGGAAAUACCACACUCCCGGAAAAUGGUUUAAGCAAGCUAAAGCGAUGGGCAAGAUCAACAACGAGAAAGCUACGAUGCUGUUCGAUUCUGGCGCUGAAGUGUCGAUCCUCGAUACUACCUUUGCUCGUAAGGUAGGAUGCGUGAUCGACGACAGUCAAACUCAAGAGUGCGUUGGAAUUGGAGAAAACUUGUAUAUGACGGUAGGACGGACGAAGAUCAAGAUCACGUUGGACGGAUCACUGGUUUAUUAUUUCGACGUUUGGGUAGGUGAUCAAGUCGGCCAAGAAGUCAUACUGGGUAUGGAUUUUAUGGUUCCUGCGGGCAUCCGUUUGGAAUUAGCCGACGGGACAUAA